GGGAGGCGCCACAGCAGCUCCGGAAGCCUGGCCUGGGCGCCGGGUGGCGAGGCCGAGGCGGACCCCGGGGCCGCGGUAGAGCCCGCGGCCCCGGUUCAACCCGUCUCGGAGAAGCGCAACACCCUGGACGUGGGCGAGGUGCUCAGCAAGAACGAUGCGCUCUCGGACUUGGAGCGCUGGGAGCGCAGCAAGAGCAAAAACCGCACGCUGGACAACAGCGACCUGCAGCGGCUGGAGCGCGCGCGGGCGGCGGCCGCGGGCCCCGGCGCCGCUUCGGAGCACCGGCUGCUGCGCUUCUUCAGCGGCAUCUUCGCGCGCAAGGAUGGCGCGCCAGGCGGCGGCGGUCCCUCUCCCCGGAGCGGCGCCUCGCGGCCCCGCGGCUACUUUAGCAGCCUGCGGCGAGCCCCAGUCGACGCGCACUCGUCCAGCGCCGAGAGCAUCGACGGGUCUCCGCGCAGAGGUGGGCAGCGCGGCCAGGGAGAUGCCUUUGUGAAUAGCCAGGAAUGGACAUUAAGUCGAUCUGUCCCGGAGCUCAAAGUGGGGAUCGUGGGUAACUUGGCCAGCGGCAAGUCGGCCCUGGUGCACCGGUAUCUGACCGGCACGUAUGUCCAGGAGGAGUCUCCCGAAGAUAUGGACGCAGGUGGCAGAUUCAAGAAGGAGAUUGUCGUUGAUGGACAGAGCUACCUGCUGCUGAUUAGAGAUGAAGGGGGCCCCCCAGAGGCACAGUUUGCCAUGUGGGUGGACGCUGUGAUAUUUGUCUUCAGCUUAGAGGAUGAGAUAAGCUUCCAGACCGUUUACCACUACUACAGUCGGAUGGCCAACUAUCGGAACACGAGCGAGAUCCCUCUGGUUCUGGUGGGGACCCAGGAUGCCAUAAGUUCCACUAACCCACGGGUCAUCGACGACGCCAGGGCGCGGAAGCUCUCCAGCGACUUGAAGCGGUGUACCUACUACGAGACAUGCGCCACGUACGGGCUGAAUGUGGAGCGGGUCUUCCAGGACGUUGCCCAGAAGAUUGUGGCCACAAGGAAGAAGCAGCAGCUGUCCAUCGGGCCCUGCAAGUCGCUGCCCAACUCCCCCAGCCACUCGUCCGUCUGUUCGGCACAGGUGUCCGCCGUGCACAUAAGCCAGACCAGUAACGGAGGUGGGAGCUUAAGCGACUACUCCUCCUCUGUCCCGUCGACACCAAGCACCAGCCAGAAGGAACUGCGAAUCGACGUCCCUCCCACUGCCAACACGCCGACGCCUGUCCGGAAGCAGUCCAAGCGCCGCUCCAACCUCUUCACCUCUCGGAAAGGGAGUGACCCAGACAAAGAGAAGAAAGGCCUGGAGAGCCGCGCGGACAGCAUCGGGAGCGGUCGAGCCAUCCCAAUUAAACAGGGCAUGCUGCUGAAGCGAAGUGGCAAAUCGCUGAACAAGGAGUGGAAAAAGAAGUACGUCACCCUGUGUGACAACGGCGUGCUGACCUACCACCCGAGUUUACAUGAUUACAUGCAGAAUGUUCAUGGUAAAGAGAUUGAUCUUCUGAGAACCACUGUGAAAGUCCCAGGGAAGAGGCCACCCCGAGCCACGUCAGCCUGCGCGCCCAUCUCCAGCCCUAAAACCAACGGCCUGUCCAAGGACAUGAGCAGUUUACACAUCUCACCAAAUUCAGGGAAUGUCACUAGUGCGUCUGGGUCUCAGAUGGCCAGCGGCGUCAGCCUGGGCUCCUUCGGCAGCCGGCCGGACGGCAUGCAGCAGCGCUCCUACUCUGUCUCCAGUGCCGACCAGUGGAGUGAGGCUACGGUCAUUGCAAACUCGGCCAUCAGCAGUGACACGGGGCUGGGCGACUCCGUGUGCUCCAGCCCAAGUAUCUCCAGCACCACCAGCCCCAAGCUCGACCCGCCCCCCUCCCCUCACGCCAACAGAAAGAAGCACCGAAGGAAGAAAAGUACCAGCAACUUCAAAGCCGACGGGCUCUCUGGCACCGCGGAAGCCAAACGCAAGGCUUGGAAACUAAACCGUGUUGGUAGCCUGCGAAAUAUUUACAGCAGCAGCAGCACCAACACCGAAGAACAAGAAGAAAACUUUGAGUUUAUCAUUGUGUCCCUCACUGGUCAGACGUGGCACUUUGAAGCCACCACGUAUGAAGAACGAGAUGCGUGGGUCCAAGCCAUCGAGAGCCAGAUCCUAGCCAGCUUACAGUCAUGUGAGAGCAGCAAGAAUAAGUCCCGACUGACGAGCCAGAGUGAGGCCAUGGCCUUGCAGUCGAUACGAAACAUCCGCGGCAAUUCCUACUGCGUGGACUGUGAGACCCAGAAUCCGAACUGGGCCAGUUUGAACUUGGGAGCCCUCAUGUGCAUCGAGUGCUCAGGGAUCCACCGGAACCUUGGCACCCACCUUUCUCGAGUCCGGUCUCUGGACCUCGACGACUGGCCCAUCGAGCUUAUCAAGGUGAUGUCAUCCAUCGGGAAUGAGCUGGCCAACAGCGUCUGGGAAGAGAGCAGCCAGGGGCGGACAAAGCCCUCACUGGACUCCACAAGGGAGGAGAAGGAGCGGUGGAUCCGGGCCAAGUACGAGCAGAAGCUCUUCCUGGCGCCGCUUCCCUGCACGGAGCUGUCCCUGGGCCAGCACCUGCUGCGGGCCACCGCCGACGAGGACCUGCGGGCCGUCAUCCUGUUGCUGGCGCACGGCUCCCGGGAGGAGGUGAACGAGACCUGCGGAGAGGGGGACGGCCGCACAGCGCUGCAUCUGGCCUGCCGGAAGGGGAACGUGGUCCUGGUGCAGCUCCUGAUCUGGUACGGCGUGGACGUCAUGGCCCGGGACGCCCACGGGAACACGGCGCUGGCGUACGCGCGGCAGGCCUCGAGCCAGGAGUGCAUCGACGUCCUGCUGCAGUACGGCUGCCCCGACGAGCGCUUCGUGCUCAUGGCCACGCCCAACCUGUCCCGGAAGAACAAUAACCGCAACAACAGCAGCGGGCGUGUGCCCGCCAUCCUCUGACGCCCCGGCGCGCGCCGCGCCCGCCCUGCCAAGCCACCGCACGUGAGUCCCGUCGCGGCCCCGCUCUCCUCCCGCUGGUGGCCCGCCGCCCACCCUCACCCCGCGCAAUCACAAAGCCCGACCGGCCCCGGGGCGAAGACGAGGCCAGGAGGCUGCCGAGCCGAGUCGUCCCCGUAAACCCCCCCGAGGACGAGCAGGCGCUCCGGGUGGGCCUCGGUUUACUGACAUAGCACACGGCGAGGGACCCCCGCUGCCCUCCGUCCGUCCGAGGAGGCCCCGGGACUGGAUGGGACGGGCGGGGGAGGGGAGGGGAGGCGAGGCGCCGGGAGCAGGGAGACUCUCCUUAACUGGCAGUUAAGCACAUCAGUACAUUUCACCUCUACCAAACGGAACACUCGGAUUUCAUCUCCUCUCCGAGGAGCUUGACGGCAUAAAUCAGAAGCAAGCAGAGUUUGUCAGGUUUGAAGCCCCUAUGAUGGUAUGUGUCAAAUCAGUUGUGGCUAAUCUGUCCGGGGAGAAUACCGGCUUCAUUACACUCGUAUAGUUGAGUUCUUCCCGCAUUACCGCUGUUUAAUAGAACAUGAUUACUCAUCGCCGAGGAGAAGGCGUAUUAGCCGAGGAGGUAGUUACGCAGCACGCUCUGAUGACUGCCACGAUGUGAUUGCAAUACUUCUUAGAAGCAUCAUAUUAUCCCAGACAUGUUCUUUCGAGCCCUUGGAGCCCUCCUUUCUAAAUUCACUGUCAUAAUUUAGUAUCUGUUUAAUUUUUCAGUCCAAAGAGAGGAAAUCAGUUGCUGAGUAUUAUUUGUCUGGAGUCUCCUUGGUACAAAAACAAAGUGGAAAAAAUAAAUAAGAGUAAGUCGGAAAUUCAAAAGGAAAUCACGAAUUCCAGCUAAUAACAUUGCGAGGCCAUGUUCUAAAGUCAGUAAAUGCAUAAAAGGCUGUUUUUUUUCCCCCAAACAUAAGAGAGAUUUUGCAUUUUACUUCCUUUUGCCAAGGUGGCUGUCUUGGGUCUCAGUCACUCCCAGGCCACACGGGAGUGUCACAUAGGCUUCUGUGUUAUGUCUUUAGAUAAGAUUGUGAAAAUCUAUUUGAAUAAAAGAAGUUCAUAAAUAUGCAUUGAUUUUCGUACAGACAAAUGGCACCUCUGUUAAUUUAUAAAUUGAACUGGAUGUGAACUAAUACCGUGCAACUAGUUGAGAUAAGAGGGUUACAGAUCAUUGUACAUGGAAAGCACUCCCAGCAGCAAACACUUCCAUUAAUGUGAUCGACAGCUUUUAAAAAGGAACAUACCAGAAGAAGAUGGUGGUACAAUUUGCUUAUUAAAAUCGAGAAAGAAAAAAAGACACUUAGAUGCCUAUGAGAGAAGGAGGGGAGGAAGCUUGUGAUUUCUCAUUAUUUAGAUCUGAUACCACUUCUGCCAAGCCAGAGAAGGGGUGACGGGGAAGUCGGGGAUAAGUUUCUCAGUCCUGCCCCAGGUGCUGGGCAGAGGCAGGUCGCGACUGGCCGCCCACAGCUCGGUGGCACCGGCUGGCCCGCGGGCGUCGCUUCACUCGGUGGCCAUGCCCUCCGUUUCCUUUACUUUGUCACCUGAUCUGCCAUCCCUGUGGCAUGGGGCUGCUUCAGACUUCAGCCACCUUCCGCGUGGUGGCCAAACACAGUAAAAACCAGAUCGCGACACCUUAGGUUAAAAAGGAAGGGGUAGCUGUGCCUGGAGCCCUUUAGCAAGUCUGUCCGAGAAGAGGGUAGUCCCCUUGGCAGGAGACUCUGGACCUGCUGUCGCACAGGAGCGGGGCCACGUCCGCCCGGCCGCCUCCAGGCAGGGCCCUUGCUCUCCUAUAUUAAACCUUCUAUUUUGUAAGAAUUUUUCGUCUUCUUUUACUUUAUAAGAAAAAAACACGUUAAGUUGGUGGGAAAAAUAAAGCUUUACACAGAAUUUAUAUGGGGGUUAGUGUUUCAUGGACAUUUGUAACCUUGAUUCAGCUGCGUGGAACCCAGGAACAGCAGGUACAGAAGCCACGAGGCUGAGAGCCUUGACAACACUCCCUAAUCCUCACCCCCACCCCCACCCGCAGUUUUUAAUUCUGUGUUUCAUCACUGUGUAGUUAUUUUAAAUGUGAAUAGAAAAAAAAUGUCAUUGCCUAUUUUUGAAGAACGCGUUACUGUUCUAAUCGAGCUAUACACAUUCGCCUCUGCACAGCCGUUAGCAUAGACUUACGUAGUGAACGCAGAUAUAGUAUAAAUGAAAUUCUUAAAUUAUUUCAUUGUAGUUAAUUCCCACUAUAGGAAUGCUCUAUCAUAUAGCGAAGCCUUGUUUUGAAAAGAAACAGAAUUCCUUGUAAGGCUUCUCUUUGAGAUGUAUAUGAGUGUGUACAUAUUAUUAUAUGUGUUUAUAAUAUAAUAUUUUCCCAAAUGACUUUUUUCACUUAGCCUUUCACAAGCUGAAUGCUAGAUUGGUUUCUUUGUUUGUUUUGUUUUCCUCCCUUCCUUCUCUCCGGCACGGGGACUUCCGAGAUUCCUUCCCAGAAAGCUUGACUCCCUUCCUGCUGUUUGUAGCAGUGUCGGUAUGCGCCAGGAGGCGGCCAGCUUUCCUGAGUCUGAGUUUCAGCAGCAGAGGAGAGGCCGUGGUGGGUUUCAAGGGUUUUCCUCGAAAAUAAAGGUGGCUGAUGGCUAAUCUGCUCGUAUUCCAGUGUCACGCCAGAAGGCCUUUCCUCACCCAUCAUGCUCUCAUUCCCAGCUUAAAGCCUCACCAACACUGAGGCGGGGAAGCAGAUGCCACAGGGGCUGGUGUUAGCAACGACCAGCUUGGGAAGGGGCUCGAGUCAUCACUGUGUAUCCCAUGAAAGUUCUGUGAAGUGACAGUGACAAGAAGACACCACUGCACUAUCCGCAGAGCCUUUUCUGUUCAGAAGUCAGUUUCCCUUCACUGGAAACCACCUGCUGGGAGAGGCACGGGUGCACGUGGUCCCCGGGGAGGGGAGCGUCACGAUCUGGCCAGAUUCCUUCUGUGGCCACAGGAACCCUGCAGAGGAAGGAGCCUCAAUUCUGACCCCGUGAGAGCAGACGUCCGGGACUGGGUAGGAAGAUGGUUCACGAAACCCAGAGCCCCAGUCAUGGGGCCCCGGUCCCUUCUGUCUCCUGUCAUCCCAGGAGAUGAGCCGCUCGAGGGUGAGUGAGGGGCUGUUUAUGAGUCUUGGGCCCCACGAGCAGGCGCGGGUCCAUGUCUCCCAGGAAGAGCACAGUGUGUGAUUUUCCCAGAAAGCAGGGGAAGGCGCUGGGGCUCUUGGUGGAUUACUCUUGACCAGAAUCCUAAAAGUAGCCAUUCUCUGCCCGUGAACCCGGGCGCCGAGGCAGGGCCUGGCUGUUCCUCCUGUCUUCUGAAGUGUUGUCUAGCCUCGUGCCAUCUACCCAGCCUCUGCCAUCUGGCCUAGGGACCACUCUUCCCAGUUUUGUAACGUCUGCACACUUCAGGGUCGUCCUCUCCAUCUGCAAAGGAGCUGUCACUGACUUCAUGAGGGGAGAGCAGGGUCCACGGUGAGAAAGACAGCGCUGCGGCUGAGCAGACCCGACUUCACCUGGCUUUGCUGCCCCUGCUGGGCGGUCCUGGCCAGGUACCCAGCUGCAGGGCUCUCUUUCCUCAGCUAUGAAACGGGUGGCCUGGAAGGCUCCGAUGACCAGUUGGUUUCCAACCAAUGUGACCACGGCCAGCCAGACCCGCCGCCAGGGGCUGGAUGCUCAGGAAAUGCCGGUGUCGCAAAGACCCGGAAUGCUGAGGGCAGCAAAGCCAGAGCCUCCCGGAGAGCUGCCCUCGGGGGUCGGUGACAGCAGGCCCGCCAGCCUCCCCCCGCCAGCUGAGCCAGCCGGUGUCCUCCCCCACGGCCGCUGGCGGGGAGCAGUGUCAGGAGGGGGGCGGAGGCGCUCUGUGCCCCUCCCCCCGUACUGCCCACUUCCUGAUGCUUAUCCCCCAUUUUUGUAGUCUGAGUUUGACUUUCCAGAGGCAAAGAAAAGGUUGAGUCUUACCCUCAUGCAUUCAGUAAGGUCACUUGAGACCCAGGAUGACCCCUUCUGUCUGACACCCUGUUGUGUUACCGGCUCAGACAGGCCUCCCUCUCGCCAGGAGCCACCAGGAGGCUCCUGUCCACGCUUGGUCCUCAGAGCUUGCUGAAGAGCGUGAUGGCUGGCAGAGCGCUAGGCCCUUCGGCCUCUCUCGCUUAGCCUGGACGGCCAGAGGGUGAGCCUGCGCCUCCCCGGAGCCGCUCUCCCUUUCGAGGCUGGCGUUCGGCUCGUCCUGGGCCUGCGCUCGGUGAACGCGGCUUCCCCCUCGAGGGUGGCUGUUGGGUCUUGCCCGGCACCCAGCCCAAGCUGUGCUCAAGGGUGACACGGGUCCCCAUGGCUCCAGCUCCGCCAACCCUUCCUCCUUGCAUUUAGAAUGUUCUGGAAAUAAGAAAUCCACAUUCCCACCUAGGGAGGUUGAGAAGCUUUGCAGCAAUGUGGAGCCUCUACGAGUAAGUGUGAUCAGGGCUCCCCAAGUUCUCAGAAGGCGAAGAUAAUUGGAAAGCAAAUCCGUCACCCCUCCAUGGGCUGUUUCCCCUCCCCCACCUGCUCUAUUUCCAUCCCUCACGCGCCCCACAAGGUCGGCAUGACUUUCUAGAACUCCCCUGGACUGUAUUUAUGUCCUUCAAGCAAACAAAUUGAAAAGCAGUCAGGAAGGAAUUCAAAUAGAAAUGUGCUGAAGAUACACAUCUUUCUUUCCCAGGAAAUAUAAUUUAUUCUAACUGCCGCGUCAAACGUGGGCUUCACACAUUGUGAAGUCCUGUCUUCAAGUGAUUUUUACCCUCAUCCUUCACCAAAAAGCUAAAUAAGGGCCUUUGGCAUCCAGACUCGGAUUUUUCACUUUGGGCCAUUAUCGACACGUUGCUUUUUUGAAUUCCCAAGUGGCUUUCUUCCAGAAGCUCUGUGGCCAGUGAGUCCUCGGUGUGGGCCCCGCCCCUGCCACGGCUAGGCCAGGCCCCCCAGGUGUGCGACUCACGGCGGGCAGGGGUCUGGCUCCCCGCCUGGCCCGCUGAGGGAUGGGGUCGGCCCCCCGCCCUGCUCUGGGCCCUGCGCCCUGAUGGGUCCUUGGUGGUUCAAGCAUCGCAAGCAGGUCGCCCUUCAGCCAAAACGUUGGAUUGCUUCCCGUUAACGCAGCAGAGAGAAGGGGGAGUGGGUUAGUGCCCCAAGCAGACCGCAGCAGCGUCAGGCUUCUGUUCCCACCGCGGCCGGGGGUGAUCCCUGGAAGCCAGGCCGCUCGGGAGGAGAGAGCAUCCGUGCCGCUCGGGGGUCCGCAGGCCCACACCGGACCCUCCCCUCUCCCCUUGCCAGGAAGAGGGGACAUGUGACGGCUUAGAACUCGUAUUUCAAAAACACAAAUGUUCUUCCCCUUAGAGGAGAAAGGCUGUCCUAACAGAGGUGUUUUUAAGCAAAAUUAAUGGAUUCCCCAUCUCGUUUUGGAUGUCUGCGGCUUUUGGAACAUAAUUGACGCUUCUUUCCAGUUCCAGUUUUUCAGUGUGGGCCAGAGUGGAAAGUAGAGGACAUUUCAUCGGCACAGGAUUCCGUAAGACCACAAAGUCUGGUUUUUAGUCCAUGAUUUUUAAAACUCCCAAGUUCUAGAAGUAAUUAGGUUUCACCCGUGUUGGAAACGCCCUCCCAAAGCAAGGAUUCAGGACCGUAGAUUUGCAAGUCUCUCCUUUCUGCAUUUCAUUUAUGGGAGGGCUGGGUUUGCUCUCAGAUGACAGCAUUGUUUCUGGGGUUAGCACCUGGUUGGUAAAAACGCCCUUGUCCGAGGCCCUCAUCCCAUCCAAAGGGCCUGCGGUGCCCAGAGGUGGGCAGGGUGAGGCAGGCGUGCCCAGCAGCGACCUGCUGUGAACCGCCCCUGCCAAGCAGACUGACAAGCUCGGGGUCUGGCCGGGUGUCACCCUGCACCCAGCGGCUACGAGAUCCGUGCGGGGCAAGCCGCCUUCGUCGGGUGCGAGAGGUCAGCUCAGGGCUUGUGUUUUAUCUGGGCCUGGUGUGGCUGCUGUGGAGAACACCCCCCGAGGGUCAGGAUGGAGCUGUAGGGCCGAGACCCACCUGUCAAAGUCUAGCAAGGUCUAGCCUGGCAGUCACGGUCAGUGAGAAUGCCACGGCCUUCAUCUUGAGACGCAGGUAGGAAGAAAGGAGCCAUACAAGAUGUGAGAGCUCUGGGGCAUCUUCCAAAUGGAACAAUCAGGUGUUGGGAGCAACCACCCCCAAAUCAGUGUGCCCUGGUCUCCCCGUGCCAGAUGGUGUCCGCAGUGGCCCAGGAAGCAAAUAUCUGAGCUGGCCCAAACUCAACCAACAGGUCGUGGCCCCAACCCCUGGAAGCUCACGCAGUCAGUGAUUCCUCGUGUAAGAUGGUGAGCGUCCAGCCUUGACAAAGGACGUGGCAGGGCCUUCCACCCCUCAUCUAGCACCCCGAUGUGGAAAGCCUGAGUGACAGCCUCUUUCAAAGACCCUGGGGGCAGCCCAGCUGAUGACCACUGCACCCAGCUCUGCACUUGACAUUCCACUGAGGGGCCUGGGGGAAGGUUCAUCCUGCCUGGGCUCUUCAAGGGUCAGAGGAUAGAGGGGACCAAGGGUGCAUGAGCUGGAGCCAGAGCGGGGAGUUAGCCUCACUGACCGCUCACGGGAGCACAUCACGUCCUCCCUGUCCCGCCCCAGGGCGCACAGGCCGACCUGAGCGAGGACCGUGCAGUUCCACGUUCCACGGUGCACAGGCAAUGGGUAUUUUUAGAAACUGCUCUCGGGCACGUCACACGUCUCGAGGUUAGAAAUAAUGCCUCUCCAAACCUUGAAAAGCAUCAAGGUUUCCCUCCUCCGACUGGGCUUUUGUGUUAAACAUAUCAAACUCUUGCAGCUGCAGCCCCUGUCCCGGUUUAGGCACCCAUGUCCGGGGAGGGUGCCGUGAGGCUUUGACCGAGGGCCCUGCACAAAGCCUCGGGAGCCCUGAGUGGGCUGCCCCAGGAAGGGCUGGAGGUGGUGGCCACUCCAGCCCCAGGCACAGCCACGUGGGUUCCGGAAAUGCUUCCUGCCCCCAGACAGCCCCCCACUCUCCUGCCCGUGACGUUGAACAGGGUUCUCAUGGGGCCACUGGCGUGUUUCUGAACGGGAGUCCGGGUCACAGGUGACAACCGAGAGGCGUUUGUCAGAGGGAACAGGGAAGGCUGAGUCUCUGCCCACCUCUCAGCACAUUUUUCUGUUUCUGUAAAGAGCGAUGUACAGAAGACGGAGGAGCGGCCCGGGCUUUAUCCAGGGGUGGGUUUGGUUUCUUUGGGGAUUCUUUUUGGUGGUUUUUAUAUUACCUCAUUCAGCAAGUUUGUUCCACAACGACUCAACGAUGCUUAAUUUAUAUUGUUUGUACUGUAAUUAAAACCAUUGACAGACAUUUCACUUUGCUUGUUCUUUCAUAUGAUUUUGUUUUGAUUAAAUAUGCCAGUUUGUAUUUUCCUGCAUUGGGAUUUUUUGUGUCCGCUGUACAGUAUUCUAAGGGGAAAAAAAGAGAAAAAGAAAAAUGUGUAAAGUAACGGAGAGAGGUGGCUAUAGUGUAGAGGCCUCUUUCUAAUAAACGAAAAUAUGUCUACA